CAAUUCCACUUGAACUUUUUCGCAUGACUUCUGAAUAAUUGCAAUGUUGAAAGAGAAGGUGUUAUCACAAUGUUUAACUACGGUGGUGUUCAAACAGAACAACUUGCAUUGAUCAGAAUAUUUUGAUAACUGGAAUUGUGAUUCGUUACUGAUUGUCCUGUUUGUGACAAUCUUGAUUAUUAUUAUUUUAAAUUAUUUUGUUAUUGAUAUUGUUAAUGAAUAAUUUCCAAAGUACGCUUUGGCAAUAUCUACAUUGUUAAGUCAUGCUGAUAAAGCAAUAGAAAUUGAAGUCUUCAUGACAGAAAUCUUUGUUGAUCACCCGGAAGUACAGUAAAAACAACCACGGAGGAGGUGAGUAGAACGCAGCUAGAAAAACUAAUUUGACAAAAAUGACAAUAUUUCCUGAUACUGUUGACGUUUACAUAUAUCCAUGAUUAUGUCAUUCUAAAAACAAUUCCUACUAAAAGAGAACCCAUAGCCAUGGAUAAUGGCUGCUAUUGACCGUAAGCUAGCUAGCAAGCUAACAUGGUGUUGAUGGUGGACUGUCUUGUCACUGAAUGAUAAGUGGUAAACAGUAAUAACUGUGUUAUUGGAUACUAGCGCUAGUCAUACUCUAACUCAUCACAAUAGUUUUCACAUUAUUCAUUAAUUAAUUCAAAACAAUCACAACACACCAGCCUUCAAAGCCCUACUAAUGUUUGUUAAAAAUCACGGACUGGGCCCACCCACCAAAAAUAGUAAACCCUUGAGCUAACGUUAGGUGGAUUCCAUGAUGGUGGAACUUGCUUGUAUCAUCUACCUCCUUGAACAUAGUGCGAGGAACGUUCAUUUGAAGCUUUACAUCUUAGUUUACAAUGUAUCCGAUGACCACAAAAACACAUGUAUUAUUGUAUGAUAAAACACUUGUAGUUAAAACAAUUGUACUUAGCUAGCAUAUAGCUAUAUACUUCAUUUUCUGAUUGCACCUUUAACCUCACAGUUGUGUCUGGUGUUUUUGUGUGUGUCGGGUGAAGAAGAUGGAGAUAGACUACCAACCAGAGGACUCGCCUGUCUCCUUAUUCGAUGAAGACUGUAUUGAUCACGUGAAGGACAUGAGGUUGGAAGCAGAGGCAGUGGUCAGCGAUGUGUUAUUCGCCGUGUCCGAAAUGUAUGUGUCCUCAAAUUUGGACAGUGCUUUGUCUGUGGCCUACAUCAACGUGGAAACAAGAGAGGGCAAUCGCUAUUGCCUUGAGCUCAAUGAAGCUGGACUAAGGGUGGUUGGCUACGCCUUUGACCAGGUGGAUGAGAGCUUGAGCACCCAAUACUUUGAGACUAUUUAUUCACUGCUGGAUACCCUCAGCCCAGGCUACAGAGAAGCUUUUGGGAAUGCCCUGCUUCAGCGAUUGGAGAGGCUGCAGCAAAAUGGACAAUGAAAGACCAAAUGGAGCUAAUGAUGUGGAAGUGAAACAAGGGUUGUAGGGACAUCAAUUGUACUAUAUGAAUACAAACAUAACAACCUUUCUCAUCAGGUUAUUGACCAGACAUCUAGCUACUACUACAGUACUAAUGUACUACUAAAAGGAUCUGCGUGGUCAAUCCGACGUCUGCAGUGACCAUACUGCAUUUAUUGCGAUACGGCCUCUGCAGAAGUCAGGGCAUUUAUACUUCUUGCGCUUAGAGGAGUAGAGCAGAGCUGUUAUGAAGGAAGUGAGUUUGUGUAUAUACAGGACCAGCCGCCCCCACCUACCAUCAACCAAUUAUGUCAAUGUGGAGCUAUACGGAGCCCUCCGCAUUGGGUUUCAUAUUCACGUUAUUCACAACAAUGAUUUAGACCUGCUGUGUCAGUCUGUGACCAGGAUUAUCUUCUGUCAUCAUUCACAUUCAGGUUUCCUGGCUUUUGUAAAGAACUGUCUGUCAAGUUUGACAAUAUGUCGCAGUGGUGUUUACCCCCCCCCCCCCCCCCGUCGGAACCGGAACUCUCACACUUCAUUAACCCUGCUUUACUUCUACAUAGGUAGAUUAUACUUUAAGUAUGUUACUUACGGGCCACCCAAGUGGCGCAAAUGUCUAAAGCACUUCAUCACUGUGCUAGAGGCGUCACUACAGACCCGGGUUCGAUCCCAGGCUGUGUCGCAGCCGGCCAGGCGCAUGCACGCUGAUUACCAUCGCCAGUUGUACGGUGCGACCGGGUUAAGCGAGCAGUCCGGCUUGGCAGGAUUGUGUUUCGGAGGAUGCAUGGCUCUCGACCUUUGCCUCUCCUGAGUCCUUACGGGAGUUGCAGCAAUGGGACAAGACUGUAACUACUAAUUGGGGAGAAAAAGUACCAAAAAUAUAUACAAAUUCAAAAUGUAUGUUACUUAAUGAAGUUGUCCUCUGCCGUCCACUGAAACAAGUAUGUUUGGCCUUUUAUGUACAUCAGCGAGUGCAUGUCUCAUUGAAACAGCCAAAGAGAGAGAAAGAAGAUGUGGGGAUUGUUUUCAAAAUCCAUCAACCACCCCCUCUGAUGUUAUGACUCAUAAACUGCCUUAACGAUUGACCAUGGUAUGCUCUUUGUCAAAAUAAUGUAAAGUACAAAUAAUUUACAGAACCCAUGUCUUAGUUACUGAAGUGUUCAUUGUUGUCAUGGUAGUUAAACAUUUAUUCUUUGUCACUUUUCAUUUCACACUCCUGAGUUUUGAAUAACAUUGAGAAGGGUCAAAUAUUAUUCAAAACAGUUAAGUGGCCAUUAUUAGAAGGGUUUCAAGGUCUGCUUUUGUUAUUUGGGCAAAUCUAAUUUAUGCAUUUCAAACAAGGAAAUGCAUUUUCAUUUACUAUUCACAUUACUGUUAUGAAUACUAAAUACAGAUGUUGGUAUUGACCUGAUAGUUUGAGAAGAGGUCAGAUGAGGGAGACAUUUUAUGAAAAAUAUGUGAGCUACAGUUUUGUGUGGUUGAAUUGAGGACUUCCUGGUGUCUGUCAUAUAGUAUAUUCUCAUUUAUGUUUCUCUGUUAAGUACCCCAAGCUAUCAUACUUUUUAGGGAAACAAUUAAAGCACCUGAAGAUGAGUUGAAGAGGAUGUAUCAUUGAUAAACAAACUGCUUUUAGUUCCUCAGUAAAAAGCACAGAAGAUAUGAGUGUUUACUACUGUUUCCACAACUGAGAGUCAACAGUAUUUUAAUUAAUUCAGAUUUUGUGAAGAUGCUUGAGGAUGUUGGCUCCAAGUCCUAUCAGUUUUACAGUUCUGGUAAUUUCCCACAGUUAUUGUAAUUUGUGUUGAGCAUUUAGUUGUGUGUGAAAUAAAUGAUUGUCCAUUGUAGUGUAAUUUAAAUGUGCUUAGUAUCAAAUCAGUUUACCCUGUGAAUGUUAUUAGAAUUUUUACUGUCAUUGUUUGAUGCUGACAUUAUUGCAGACCAACAAAAGCUAGUUAAAUAAAUUUAAUUUCCUUGUAAUCUGCAAUUUUGUUGCACUUAUUGCUUUUGAAAUGAGUGAUGUGUGUGCAUCGGUUUUACCAAGGUGAAUGAGUAAACCCAGUUAUCCCAUAUAAUAAAUUCUUAGGAUCUUGAGAAUGCUGAGGCAUGUGUUAUGUUCUUUUAUUUGGUUAUGAGCUUUGAAAGUUCAACAGCACACAACAGCAUUUUAUUUUGAGACAUUUGCUUGUCCUUAAUGUUAAUCAGAUGUGAAGGAAAAUUACCAAAAAGGUAAAACUAUAAUACUACAAAAUGUAAGAUUAAAUAAAGACUAUUAUAUGUAA